CUCAGCGUCGGGAUUUUAGUCAGGCAAUGAGUCAGGCGCCUGCCCGGGGCCGGGCUGCGGGAAAGAAAAGUCUUGGGCCUGGCCCCCCAGCACUUGAAGCUCUUUCCACUUUCGUCCUCUUCUGCUCAAGAUGGUGGCCUCCCGCGCAAUCGGUUGCCUCAGACGCUUCACAAAUGCCUCCAGGACGCUCCACUGCUCAGGUUAUAUUUCCCGCAACUUUACAGGGUCCUCUGCUUUGCUGGCCAGAACCCAUAUUAACUAUGGAAUCAAAGAGGAUGUGGCAGUUAUUCGAAUUAACUCACCCAAUUCAAAGGUAAAUACACUGAAUAAAGAACUACAAUCAGAGUUCAUGGAAGUAAUGAAUGAAAUCUGGGCUAGUGAUCAAGUCAAAAGUGCUGUCCUUAUUUCAUCAAAGCCAGGCUGCUUUAUUGCAGGUGCUGAUAUCAACAUGAUAGCCGCUUGCAAGACCCCUCAAGAGGUAACACGGCUUUCACAAGAAGGACAGAAAAUGUUUGAGAAACUUGAGAAGUCUAAUAAGCCUGUUGUGGCUGCCAUCAGUGGAUCCUGCUUAGGAGGAGGACUUGAGCUUGCCAUUUCAUGCCAAUACAGAAUAGCAACAAAAGAUAAAAAGACAGUAUUAGGUGUCCCUGAAGUCUUGCUGGGGAUCUUACCAGGAGCAGGAGGCACACAAAGGCUACCCCAAAUGGUGGGUAUACCUGCUGCUUUUGACAUGAUGCUGACUGGUAGAAACAUUCGUGCGGACAGAGCAAAGAAAAUGGGAUUGGUUGACCAAUUGGUGGAACCGCUGGGACCAGGAUUAAAACCUCCAGAGGAUCGGACAAUUGAAUACCUAGAAGAAGUUGCAGUUACUUUUGCCAAAGGACUAGCUGAUAAGAAAAUAUCUUUAAAGAGAAGCAAAGGAUUGAUGGAAAGAUUGACAUCGUACGCCAUGGGUAUUCCAUUUGUCAGGCAACAGGUUUACAAAAAGGUGGAAGAACAAGUACGAAAGCAGACCAAAGGCCUCUAUCCUGCACCUCUGAAAAUAAUUGACGUGGUCAAGACUGGACUUGAGGAAGGAAAAGAAGCUGGCUAUCUUUCUGAAUCUCAGAAAUUUGGAGAGCUUGCGAUGACCAGAGAAUCAAAGGCUUUGAUAGGGCUGUACCAUGGUCAGGUCCUGUGCAAGAAGAAUAAAUUUGGAACGCCACAGAAGGAGGUUAAGCACCUCGCUGUUCUUGGUGCAGGGCUGAUGGGAGCUGGCAUUGCCCAAGUCUCUGUGGAUAAGGGCCUAAAGACUAUACUUAAAGAUGCUACACUAACCGGGCUGGGCCGAGGACAGCAGCAAGUGUUCAAAGGACUGAACGAUAAAGUGAAGAAGAAAACUCUAACAUCAUUUGAAAGAGACUUCAUUUUCAACAACUUGACUGGGCAGCUUGAUUACCAGGGUUUUGAAAAGGCCGACAUGGUGAUUGAAGCUGUUUUUGAGGACAUUAAUCUUAAGCACAAAGUACUGAAGGAAGUAGAAGCGGUGAUUCCAGCUCAUUGUGUUUUUGCCAGUAACACAUCGGCUCUCCCAAUCAAUGAAAUUGCUUCUGUCAGCAAAAGACCUGAGAAGGUGAUUGGCAUGCACUACUUCUCUCCUGUGGACAAGAUGCAGCUGCUGGAGAUUAUCACAACCGAGAAGACGUCUAAGGACACGACUGCGUCCGCUGUAGCAGUUGGUCUCAAGCAGGGGAAGGUCAUCAUUGUGGUUAAGGAUGGACCUGGCUUCUAUACCACAAGGUGUCUCGCACCCAUGAUGUCUGAAGUCAUCAGAAUUCUCCAGGAAGGAGUUGGCCCUAAGAAGCUGGAUUCCCUGACCACAGGCUUUGGCUUUCCUGUGGGUGCUGCCACACUGGUGGAUGAAGUUGGUGUUGAUGUAGCAAAACACGUAGCAGAAGACCUAGGCAAAGCCUUUGGGGAGAGGUUUGCAGGUGGAAGCCUGGAGCUGCUGAAACAGAUGGUGGCCAAGGGCUUCCUGGGUCGCAAGUCUGGGAAGGGCUUUUAUGUCUACAAGGAGGGUGUGAAGAGUAAGGAUUUGAAUUCUGAAAUGGAUAGUGUUUUGGCAGGCCUGCAGGUGUCUCCUAAGCCUGAAGUCUCCUCAGACGAAGACAUCCAGUACCGCCUGGUGUCGAGGUUCGUGAAUGAGGCCGCCAUGUGCCUGCAGGAAGAGAUCUUGGCCACACCUGCAGAGGGAGACAUCGGAGCGGUCUUUGGACUCGGCUUCCCCCCCUGUCUUGGAGGGCCCUUCCGCUUCGUGGAUCUGUAUGGUGCUCAGAAGAUAGUGGACCGGCUCAAGAGGUACGAGGCUGCCUACGGGAAACAGUUCACCCCAUGCCAGCUGCUUAUCGACCAGGCUAGCGCUAACAAGAAGUUUUACCAGUGAGCAGCCCACACCUGCUCGCUCCCCACUAACCCACCUGCCGCAGUGCUGGUCUCCAACAGAGUGGCACCUAGAUUUAUCCGUAACCGGAGGGAAGACAAACACUGGCAUUGGGUGUGUGCCUUGAUUAAAGUGCCUUCGGCUAAGACUGUCUCUUCCUCCCGGUGAAGUCUGGCUGUGUUUGCACUUCCUGUUGGAAGGUGGAACCCACUGUGCUCACGAAUCUAUGAGCCCAAAGACCCAAAGUGGCAGCGUUCCUCCCAGGAAGCCAGUGGUGGCGAGGGCAGUCACACACUCAGCCAAACACAGGAUAAUAAAAACCAAACUUAUUUAUCAGCC